UAAUUUUAUGUCUACAUAAACACUAUAAGGACUGUAGCCAAAUUCGAGUAUAAUCUUUGUAAUUCCGUGUUACCAAUAUAUGUUUAAAUUAAUCUUUAUUUUAGUAAGUUUGAAGUUUUUUACUCUUUUGCCCUUUUUCUGGAGGACAACUGUAUUCAAAAUUAACGCAUUUAUCCAAUGUCAUAUUUGCAUCCUUACAAAAACAUUAUUACAAGACCCGUACAUAGGCAAACUCGAGCACAAUCUCUCAAUUCAAAGUUACCAACACAUAUUUGAAAUAACAUUUUUUUUUUACUGCAAUGAGUAUGAGUGUUUACUUGUUUACCCUAAUUUCCCCAUUGCAGGAUCUAUCAUUUUCGUUCUUUUCAUAUAAGAUUUUGGUACAUAUGAUACCAUGAUGAAUUGUAAAUUAAAACAAAAGGUAGAUGUGGAAACAACCAUGUGUUAUUUUUCAUAGCAUAACACCAAAAAGACAAGACAUGGUUUAAUGAUAUUUCAACACUUUUUUAUCUACUUUCAGAAAUUAAAAUUUUCCUUCUAUUUUCUUGCUUAUUCUUCUAUUAGAUUUAUUGUUUUCUUAAUUUUUUUUUUGUUCUCCUCUUCUCCUCUCUUCCCUGUGUUGCGAUUGAGUGAAUACAUAAACAACAAACAGCUGACUUCUUUUUUUCCUUCACCUGAAUCCAGGCAGUCUCUGCGACCCCACAUAAAGGAGGAAAAAAGAGGGGAGAAAAGAAUAGAAACAGAAAAAAAAUACUCCAAUUCGAAAUCAUUUUUCUCGCUAUUGCUUUGCCCAGCGUUUCAGAUUCUCUCAGAUCACAUAAGGGUAACUUCUCUUCUUCUUCUUUUUCUAAUCACACACCUUCGGUUUCGCUUCUCCCAACCUCACUCUAAUUUGGGUUUGCAACUUUGCAUUGGAGGGAAGGGAGAAAGGGGUUAGUGUGAAGUGAUCUUUCUUGUCAAACUUUGGGAUUUCCUCCCACUUCCGAUUGUUGCAGUGUUUGAGGGCAUUGAUUCACUUCCCCGCUGUUCCAUGCAAAGUUCCCGUGUGAUUUCUAAUUAUGUGGGUACUCCCCUGUAUGAUGUGAUUGAGGGACUGAGUUCAUGGGCGAAUUUGGGGUAUUGGGUUUUCAAGCGCUUCAUUUGUCAAUAGAGACUGUCGGCUUUUAGCUGUUUUCGGGUUUGCAUGUUACAUUUUCCAGUUCUGCACCCUUGUGGUAGUCACUUCACUUCUACCAAUUUCCACACUCUGUUUCUGGUUAUUCUGAUCAAUUGCAUAAUCUUUGUUACUGUGUUUGUGUGGGCAACUGAUGCAUGAAUUUGUUUAACAUUUGUUUUGUUCCUCGUGUCUUAUUCAGUCUACGUUUGGGGUUUCCCAAAUGUGUUGGUUGGUCGGAUUUAUUUAUUGGGGAGCCUAUCUGUGUCUUCGUUUUGUUUUCUUCUUUAUGUAUGGUCUUAGGCGAGGUUUAGGUGAAUCCUCAACAAAACUUGUAUCUGCAAGCCGAUGGUGAUUCCACUGGUCCUGAUCACCUGAUUUCUCGUUUAAUCGGCUUUCUUCCUCCUUUUCCCCUGCCUACCUUUAGUUGUUGAUUAAAUCUGUCUAAGAUUCUUUUGAUUAUCAAGGCUGGGAUUAUGACUUUUUUAUUCUGGAAUGUCUAAGUUUUGCCUGUAAUGAGAUUGAAUCUAAUGAUCCUGUUUGGUUAGAUGGAAUCGCUAGUGUAGCAUGUUGAAUUGGAUCACUCGGUUGUGACUUCUUAGUUGGGGUUUUCAGGUUCUGGUUGUGUUUGUGACUUGAAUUUGGCGAGGAGCAGCUUGGAGAAGAGGUUUGGGUUCACCAAAAGGGUUAUGCAGAGUUAUGCAUGGUUGGCAUGGAAUGUGAAAAUUGUUGAAUGGAUAUAUAGACAAUGGCUUCUCAUGGUGAAGCUAGGACUAAUGGCAAUCAGUCUCACUUCCAGCCACUGGAGCGGCAGAACUCAUUGUACAACCUCACUUUGGAUGAGGUCCAAAAUCAGUUGGGUGACCUGGGGAAACCCUUGAGUAGUAUGAAUUUGGAUGAACUUCUAAAAAAUGUGUGGACAGCUGAGGCCAACCAGUCUACGGGUACAGAGACUGAAGGCACGCAGUUGUCCAGUCAAACUUCCAUGCAACGACAGGCAAGCUUGUCACUCACUGUAGCUUUGAGUAAGAAGACAGUUGAUGAAGUUUGGAGAGACAUUCAGCAAAACAAGGCCAAUGGAGAAAGGAAGUCUAAGGAUAGACAACCCACUUUGGGAGAGAUGACAUUGGAGGAUUUUCUGGUUAAAGCAGGGAUAGUAGCCGAAACACAUAUGGAUAAUAACCGAGAGGUUGUUGUUGUUGACCCAAAUGUAGCGUCGUUGUUUCCCCAGCAAGGUCAAUGGUUGCAGUUUCAGCAUGCACAAUUCCAACAUCCACAGCCAAAUAUGAUGGGGAUGUUCAUGCCAGGUCAGCCUUUACCCCAGGCGCUCCACAUGGGGACUGGUUCUGUGAUGGAUGUUGCGUAUCCAGAGAACCCAAUUCCAAUACCUCCGCCUCUAAUGGGGACACUGUCGGAUUCACAGAUGCCCGCAAGGAAAAGAGGUGCACCAGAUGAAGUUGUUGAGAAGAAUGUUGAAAGGAGACAGAAGAGGAUGAUAAAAAAUCGAGAAUCGGCUGCUCGUUCAAGAGCUCGGAAACAGGCCUACACAAAUGAGCUAGAGAAUAAAGUAUCUGGCCUCGAAGAGGAAAAUGAAAGACUGAGGAAACUAAAGGAGCGGGAGAAUAUGUUGCCGAGUGCACCGACACUUGAACCAAGAUAUCAGCUGCGGAGAACUUCGUCAUCCCCAUUCUAACUAAUGUUCCAUGCAUAACUCUUCUCCAUACAUGUGAUGGAAUUUGUUGGAGGCAUUGUGCUUGUAAUUGAAAUGACUAGAAAAACAAAGGGAAAAUAGAAGAAAAAGGAGACAGAAGUUGAGUAAGGGCAAUGUUCUCGUUGGGUAUCUUUUUCCCCUUUAUUUUUAUAGCCUUUUAGAUGCAGCUAUUGUUUCUUGCUUCUUAAUCUCAUGAGGGGUGUUUUCUUUUUUUAUUACUUUUUUUUACCAUUUCUAAUCUUUGUAUCUUUGUGCAAAGUCGGGGGAGGUUAGAAAUUUUAAGUUGUAGAGAUACAGUUUGUAGUUUGUUGCUUCAAUGAGUGUCUUGGGAGAAGAAGAAAGAGGUCCAUAUUUUUAUAUGCAGUUUUCCGAUUGUUUACUUAUUAGAACUUGUUGCUGGUACAUUGGAAGAAGCCAAGAACACUUACUUUAAUAGCUCAAACAUCACAGGCGAGGAAUACGCUAAACAAUGCAAAGCCAAAAUAGCCCAAACAGCAGCUAACAAGGACCCCUCCUGCUAUUUUUCUAAGCCUGAUAACUUCAUUUGCUGGAUUGGGUUGGAGGUGGCUGAAUUUGUAUAUCUUCUGAUUUGUGUCUCUUUGAAAAGUAGAAACAAACGAGAAUGGCAAAACGGAAGAUACCGGUCAAACUAACAUAUCAGACAUAGGGGAAAGAGAGGAACUUAGGGUAUAUGUUAAUGGUGACUUUCAAGUGACUGCAAUUUGGAAAAAAGAUAGAUCGUAUAUGGAAAGCGGCUGAUUGCUUUUGCAAAUUUGUAGACAUCUUUCGUAAAACGAUCGAUCGGACGACACACUUACUAUAGGAAUCAACUAUGACAAAUGAAGAGAACAAUUGACUGCUUAUAUGUUGCGCUCUACUUGAUGAUGUAUAGGUCCAUGUUCAGAAAGAAAUUGGUUGAUUGCAUCAUGGAGUGGUCGACCGAUUAGGGCUAAAGAUCUAUCUAUACCAGAAGCUAACAUUAUGGAGAGUGCUUUAAAGUCUGAACAACUAGCGUGGUCAACCCGUUGAUCUUCAAGUAUUGCAUCAUCUACAUUUGAUAUUCCGAUGUCUUUUCUUCUUUACCAAACUCCAUAGCCACGAUAAUUCAUUUACAAGACUUUUAGAGCGAUAAACUAAAAAUGCAGAUGACUAUUAAUAGAGGUUUAUGUUGAUAUAUUAACAGGGUUUAAGUAGUAGCUAUGUCCUUAAUUAGGACUGACACUUUUUUAGUGGUGGAAUCUUCAAUAAGAUAAUGGCCAAUCGCCAAUCAUUUCAUGGUGACGGUCGACUGUUAUUUGCCUUUGUAAGGCGCCCACAUUGGAAUUUGAUUAUAACUUGUAUAAUGACAUGAAAAUUGCAUCUAAUGCAAUUAUGAAUCAUUUUUUAUUAUUUAAGUAUUUAGUUUUAUAAUUGUAUUAAAAUAAUCAAUUAUAAUUGCGAUUAAAUUACAUUGACAUUGCACAAUAAAAUUAAAAUAAGUUGGAUUACAUAAAAUGUGAGGUGACAAUAAAAACAACAUAUGUAAUUGUUCUCGUUAUUGUAUUGAUCUGAAUAGUAUAAUAGUAUAAUUGUGUCAUUUGAUCGGCUAAUUUAUAAAAAAAAUCAAUCUAUAAAAUCGAUCGACCAUUUUAUUCAAAUUACAAUCACUUGUAAGUCGUGGAACAAUUAGAAUUAUUAAGGCACAAGAUUUUUAACUGUUGCUUAGAAAAAAUCGGGUUAGCUUUUAAAUUCGGGUUAUUGUUCAUAAACACUCUUUUCUUUU